GUAUUUAUAACUGUCAUUUUAGUUCUUUAUAUUAUUUGUAACAUCUUGUUUUUAAAUAGUUUAUGUUACGGGGCUAGAGUACUUCCAACGUGAAGGAGAAAUUAUAAAAGUACUUGUUAAUAAUGCAAAAUUAGUAACUUUACUUAUCAGAAAAAUGUAAAAGAAUUAUUAAUUAAUAUCUUAUCUGUGAUUAAUAUUGAAAGGCAAAAGGUCAGACGAUGAUUUGGCUAACUUAUUUGCGUGUUGUGAUGAUGUUGUGCUCAUACGAAAUUGUAAUGUAUUAAACGUUACAUUUUUUGUUUAACGAAUUUUAUAUAAAUACUAUGUCAACAUUAAAUGGUGGGAGAAAAAUGAAUUUUGUAAAGAAAUGGUCCCAUAGUAGAAAUAUUGAUAAUAAUGAAUUUUGUUCUGACUUGAUGGACUUAAUUCAAUAUGAAAUGUUUGAUGAAGAAAAUAAUUAUGAAGAACUUGUAUUAUUCAUAAGUGACUUGCUUCAGGAAAAAAAAAUCCAAAAAGAUUUACUGUAUUUAACAUUGAUGACCCAAAAAGAUUGUAGUCUUUUGAGUGAAUUAAUUAAGAAAUUUCCACAAGUAUUGGAUUUAAAGGAACCGGUAUCCAUUUACAACUACAGUAUAAAAAAUGAAAAACAUUGGUUACUAGAAGUAAUUGAAAAUGAGGAAUUACAUAGUACAUUUUCAGAAAAAAUAAUUUAUAAAAUAAGAUUAUUGCAAAAUAUCAACAUAACCAACAACUGUGCAUCCUAUAAAAGUUUGGAGGAAUUAAACACUUCUCAUUUCGAUUUACCUGGCAGUAAUGGCUUUUUCAAAUUGUACUGUGAUGUUAUAAAAAGAGCCAAAAAAACUGUUGACAUUUAUAAAAUAAUUGAGAAAGAUAUUAACCUGAAGGAACUGUUGUUAUUAUGUUGCCAAAACUCAUUACUAAAUGUUUUCUUCAGUAGUUUGGAUUUAACAGAAUCAGUCCUGUGGCCUAAAAUUUUAACAGAAUUAGAAAGUUUAAAUAAUGAAACUGAUAUAACCACCUUCAAGUGUUUUAUCAUCAUUUACACAGUAAUUUGUAGUUUGCAAUUGUGCAAAAACAUUCCAGAAGGUAAUCACUUUAAACAUAAAGAUGUUAUUUCUUCAAAAAUUGAAGAGGCCAAACAACAUCUUAUGAGUUUAAUUGAUAUAAAAUGGCAAACGAUAGUUCUAGAAAACAUAUUUGUGUUAAUGUUCCUGAAAUCAGAUUCUCACACAUUCUUUUGUCAAGAAAAGGAGAUAAGAUUGCUUUUGACAUUUUUGAAAACCUGUAUUGAAGAUAUACAACCCAAACAUCUGUAUAACAGGAAUUCAGAAAGUGUGAAGAGAAUAAAUGAACUAAGUAAAUGCGUUACUGAUGCAUUCUGGAGGUUUGAAAUUGUAACAGAAGAAAAUAGUUUAGCUGAUCUACCUAGAGAGAAGGAUUUAAUUUCUAGGAUGCUUGCUUCUCCAGAGUCGUUAAUUAAUAUAUGUUUGAAGCAGAACAGUUUUAGAAAAGCCAAUCAAGUUAUAAAGGUGUUUUCUUUACAAGAUACUGAUCUUGCUAAAGAGAUCUUCUUUGUUGAAAAAUUAUGUGAUUUUAAAGAACAUCUAGAACAAACAUUGAGAAGAAAAAUAUUGAUGAAGAAGCAGCAGCUUUCUAAUGAGUCCAAUGUUAGUGAGCUGGUAAACAAUUUUUUUCACUUAAAUGAAAACCUUGGACACUUAACAUCAUUGUCUGUUGAAAAUACAAAUUCUGCAUUACAACACCUAAAUUCAAAAAAUAAUAAAUUUAUGAACAUUUUGGACUUGGCUGUGAUUCAACCAGACAACCACGAAGGCACUGAAGAACUUUUGAAUGUUGCAGUGUCACAUAAUACAUUAAAUCCUGAUGUUGUCUCUCCAUAUUCAGAAUUUUGCAAGACUUUAUUGGAAAUUUUUCAUUUAGUGAACAACGGACAGCAGCUAUUUUCUGUUAGACAAAUUUUACUAGCAUCUGAAAUAGAUCUGGAUGUUAAAAAAUACAUUGACGAGUUAGAAACUUUUUCAAAAUUAUCCAGUGCAGCAGAGACAUUUCUUCAGUAUGUUAAUAUUAACGCUUCAAAUUCUAAGUUAGAUACGAAAGAGUUGUAUAAAUGUUUUUUACAAAUACAAACUCUUUGUCUACAGAAUACACCAAAUGAACAACAUUUAAAAUACUUAACAAGAUUGUUAAAUUAUCUGAAAGCUUUCUUCAGAGUAUUCCAUGUAAACCAAAACAGAUUUGAGACCGCGAUUUUGGGUAAAAAUCCGAACUUGUUCGAUUUAUUGAAACACCGGCGGGUUGAUAUAAUAUAUAAAUUAAUCUGCGAUAUGAACUUAGAACCUUGUGAUUUUGAAAGAUCUUUUACAAAAAUGAAACUCGAUGUUGUGUACCAUGUAGCUGCUAGUUAUUUUCCUCAAAUACAUAUUUCUGCUGAAUGUGACAAAGCAGUUUCUACAGAAAAUACGUUAAGUAAACCUGACAAAGCAACUAUUGCAUAUAUACAAAAAAGAAACUGGCUUUUAGCUUAUUUAAUAAAAAAUAUUCAUUCUGUUGAGAAUACUGAAUUCGAAAUUAGCGAAGUACGUAUAAAAAAUUAUACCAACUUUACGAGUCUUGACAGGAUACAGUAUCUUAAAGUGGUUUUUGAAAAUAAUCAACAUCUAACCGUUCUUUAUAAUAAAGUAGAUCAAAAAUUAGUCGAACAUUUUUGUAACAAGAGAAUUGUGAAUAAUAACGACUUCAAUUUAUUGAGCUCUCAACUAAGCACAGAAAGUCUGGAAACAGGGGAGGAGAUUAUGGAAGGGAAAUUAAAAAAUACUGAUUGGAAAUAUUUAUUUAAUAUCCUCCAGAGCUUGACAGAGAGGCAGCUUAAAGAAAAUGCAAAUCUUGCAUGCCUUAGGGAUAACAUUCUCUUUAAUUUAGUAAGUGACAAAUUUGAGCCUAACAGUUACGAGUACGUUAAGUACAUAAAAGAAGAUCGUUUACGUCAGAAUUGCAUUAAAAAUAACUUUAAACAUUGGCCAGGACGUUUUUGUAUUGAGGUAAUGAAAAAUGAAAUUUCAAUGUACAAACAGGAUGAUUGUGAUAUACUAGACGAUUUUGAAAGUUGGUGUGAAAAAAUCGAUAUUUGUGAACAGUUGAAUUUUUACUUUCAAAUGUUUUGGUCCGAUGUCUUCCAGCUGUGCGAAACAUCUCAAGAAUUUGUUUUACGACAAUUACUAACACCAUCAAAGAUCGAUUUACUUCUGAAAUUCCUAAAAAUUUACAAACCACAAGAAGAAGUUUUGGUCAUUUUAACAGAAAAUUAUUUUUCUAAGUUGUUCAUAUACGAAACAGACUUUAAAAAGAUUAAAGAAAUUUUCGAAAUGUUUCCCCCUAAGUACGCGAAAAAUUUAUUUAUAAAGUUGUUGGAUUACGUUCGUAAAUUAGAACAUUUGGAAUUUUUAAUGAGUCAUUUGUCGAAUAUUGACGACUCGUCCGAAAUGAUAAAAAAUAUCAACAUCAGUUUGAAAAUUUUAUCGUGCUUUGAUGAAUCCGAACGAGAGCAGUUUUGGUGUUUAAUUAGAGAUCCGUUGUGCAUGAUUGAGAUCUUAAUAAUGAACACAAUGUUGGAAAAAUUGGGUCAAGUAAUCAGGGCUAUACAACAAAGUGUGAACGAAUGCAGUCCAGAAGAUAAAAUUUCCUGGAAAAGAAUCGAUGAAUUAUUGAGAAUAUACGCGGAGAAAAGCUUGGACUUUAGAGUUGUUAUACAGUCAAAAUCCCCAGCAACAUUUUCAGAAAACAAAUUGAUGGAAUCUAUGGAUUCUUCGCAAUUUGGAACGAAUAAACGUGACUUUCUUAUGCCAGAUGAUGUCCCUAGUAAAUCAGAAUGGGUUAAAAAUGAAGAAGUGUCGGAAUGUAUGUGUUGUUCAGAAACAGCAUUUUCCAUGUUUAAUCGUCGUCAUCACUGUCGAAGAUGUGGAAGGGUCAUUUGUGGAAGUUGCUCAACAAAACGUAUGCCAGUUCCAACUUAUGGAGACAUUAGAGUCAGAGUCUGUAAAGAUUGUUACCAGCAAACAUUUUAUGAUAGUCCGUCAAAUUAUUCUAUAGCCUCUGUAAAAUCUAUUGAUUAUGAUUAUUGGCAACUAACUGAUAAUGAAUCUCAGAAUAAGUAUGUCAGAAAUGAGUUUUCCUUUGAACAUGCACCAAGUGUUUACUUGUGUCUGGCUAUAUUAAAGUACCAUUCUCCAAGUGAUGAAUAUACAAAAUUUUUGUUGGACCAGUGUCAUAAAUUGCUAAAAUUGCUGUAUCCUAUUCCAACUGAAGUUACUCAAGAGAUAGACUACUUUUUAGUGAUUAAAAUGUUGAAAUCGUUGGCAAUAGCAGCUAAAAUGCAAUCAUUCUACAGUGGGCAUGAGGGCAGUGCUUUAGCAGAUCGAAUACUUUCUCAAGCAGAGCUAUUAGAACUGUUAAUUGACCGAGGUUGUUUACGUUUAAUUUCUUCCACUUCUAUUAACCCUCAGACCCCCUACAUAGACAGCUCCACAAUCCGUAGACUAAGAGAUAAACUUCUUGAAGAUGAACAAUGGAAUCUUGCCCUUGAAGUCUCUACCAAAGCUGGAUUAGAUAACACAGGUGUUUUUGCUGCAUGGGGAAAAAGUUGUUUGAAAGCAGGAAGUCUAAAAAUAGCUAGGGAAAAGUUCCAGAGAUGUUUUGAUAAGACAAGUUACUAUGAAAAUUCUUUGGAUUUUUCGUGCAGUUUUAAUGAAAGUUUGGGAAGUAGGAAAAAGACAUACACCAUUUCAGGGAGUAAUUACGAUAAUAAACCGAGUAGAAAUCCACCUCUUUUGAACGAAAUCAUUCAAAUAUUGGAAGGAAAUAGUUGUAGGUUUGAUUCAACUGUGUUAAAAGAUUGUGUCGGUGCAAAACACAACCAGUUGAUCUCAUCUACUGUAAGCUUAAACAGCAGCAAUACAACUUGCGUUUCCACUCAAAUUGAUGCCCCAAUUUGUAUAUUAAGUAAAUUGCAAAAUUUAGGCAAACUAAUUGAUGGAAAUUAUGGCGAUAUAUUUGAAUCUAAUAUCUCAUUAAAAUCCAUUGAUUUAGGAAUUAAGAAGUCUCUUUUAAAUCCUCUUUUUUAUGACGAGUGUGUUUAUUAUUUAUUUCGAUACGGAUCACAUAUUAGUCUCUUAGAAUUCUACAUAAGACAUGACGAAAUUGAAGAAGCAUUACAAUACAUUUUGGACUAUCGGCUGGCACCUGAAAUUUUUAUAGAAGUUUAUACUUUGUGUUUGAAAGAUGGGAACAUUUACGUUUUUCUCGAAAAAAUGUCCAAAUUAGAUUCAACACUGGAUGUGUGGAAGAAUUAUCUGAGACAUAUCUGUAGAUAUUUUGAACAACAAUCAAUGUUACAUUCAUUGUAUCAACUACAACAAUUUAUGGGAGACUAUGUAAGGGCUGCUAUGACCUCCAUUAAGUUCUAUAAGGCCGAUGCAAGAUCGUACAUAGAAUUAAAGUCGAGAAUGGGAUUUCUCCAAAAAGCACAGGAUCACUUGAAGCAGGAAUUAGAACAAGAACAGUGGGUCGAAGUUGCCACAGUGCGAAAAUCGAGUUCCGCUUCACAACACAGUUUUGAGGCAAAGAGUAUAACAAACCCGUCGUUGGUGAUGAAAAUCGAUUCUAAAAGUAUCGAUCGCCAUAUAAAUACUAUUUGGCGACAAAUGGAGGUGACAAAAUUUUUAGCUGAAUGUGAAACAAACGGCAUAGAAGUAAUGAAACUUCUGCCAGAAAUACUACCUUUUGCAAACAAAGAAACUGUGGAAUCCAAAGGUUACAUUCCGACCCUUUUUGGUUCUUAUUAUGAAAAAGUUCAAUUGGCUGUGCUUUGUAUAAUUUGUGGAAGUAAUGUUGAAGAUGGUUUUGGAAUUGCAUUCAGAAUCAUUCAAGAUUACAAAUUAAAUCCGGUUAAAGUUUAUUGUCAAUCUGGUAAACAGUUGGCCAAAGCAGAACGGUACAUUGGAUUGGCGCAAUUAGUUAAUUGCAUCAGAUCUAGUGGUGUCAGUGACUCAACCAUUAUUGCUAUGUGUGAUGAAAUGCUUAUCCUGGCGAUUCAAACCCUCACCAAGGCCAACACUACGGGCCCCCAACUAGACGGUCUUAUUAAAUUAGUAACUGACCGCAACGCAAAGAUAUCUGCUUAUAUUGAAACAAAGCAAUUAAAAAGUGCCUACCUUUUGGCUGUAAAGCAUAAAAGGAUGGGAGAUAUUCGUAGGAUUUUGAAAGAGGCUGAAUAUCUUAAUCAGCCCACUAUUAAAGCACUUUGCCAAAAAGUGCUUCAAGCCAAUUCGCACUCUCCUUCUCACUCAAAAGACUGAUAAUUUUUAUUAUAAACUAAAAUAAAAUAAAGGGCAGUGUUUAAAGUAGCUUAUAUUUAAUCACAAAUUGGCUGUGACAAUAGAUUACUUUAAACAUAAUAUAUUUAUGUAGAUGCUAGUGAACUAUAAAAAUAAAUAAUAUAUUCUUGUUAACAUA